AACUCGUUGGGUCUGGCCAAUCCAUCAGGCUGUAUGACCAAUAAACUUUUUGUUAAAACAAUACAGCAUUUUGUACAAUUUUCAUACAGCACGUAGGAUAACUCAUCACUUUUGAUCUAUGACAACUAUGAGAGUCAAAUAAGUUUAGAAGUCCUUGAGUUAGCAAAAGCAAUAGGUGUCUACAUUUUAACGCUACCUCCGCAUUUAUCACACCGGAUGCAGCGCCUUGAUGUUGGUCUAUACGGUCCAUUCCAGAAGUUUUACAAUUUUGCUAUUGAUUCAUGGAUGCUGAGUCACCCGGGGAAAACAGUAUCAAUUUAUGAAGUAGCUAAUUUUGUCGGCAUAGCCUUGCCACGCGCUAUGGCACCAAAUAACAUUAUCAAUGUUUUUAAAAAGACAGGAAUUUUUCCUUAGGACCCACAUGCAUUCAGCGAUGAAGAUUUUCUCCCGAGUUUAGUUUCGGAACGGCCUUUCCAUCAAGUGUGACAACAGAGGAAACUGACAACGUAGCAGGUCCAUCACAAUAUAAUCUUCUUUACAAGAAGUAAAUGCUGUAGCAAACGACUCAUCAGGCACGCCAUCGAGGAUGUCUGUAGCAAACGAUUCAUCAGGCACGCCAUCGAAGAUAUUAAUAGAUAAAGAUUUACAGUCAACGACACAAGAAAAAGAAGCAGCUGACGAGGUCCCAAGCCAGUUUAAAAGUCCCGCAGAAAUUAGAGGCUAUUCAAAAACAUUACAAACGAGAGGGUCGCGGAAAUUGAACGGCACGUCGUCGUCAUCGUCAUCGUCGUCGACGUCGUCGUCGGGCAGGUUAAUUCAGAUCAUCGAUAAACUGGAACGCCUGCUGGAUCCUAAUGUCGUGUCGCCUCGCAAACGCAUCCUGCGAGAGCUGGAGAGAGUCUCGUUGGAUGAUCAGGCGUCCAAGAGGCAUCAGUAUGGAACUAGAAAACGUAGACAGCAGGGUAGCAGCAAAAUUUUGACUGAUUCUCCGGAGAAAAAAAGUUUAGUAGAAAAAAAGAAAAAACAAGAAGAAAAGGAAAAUAAGAUACGAAAGAGAAAACCAAAAAAGAGAAGAAAACGCAGCAAGUUUUGGAAUUAUUUCAAUGAUUUGAAACCAUCGCUGGCAAAGUGCACGACCUGUAAAAAAGAAAUUAAGAUAUCUCGUCCAUCAAACCGUAUAGCAAUAUUCAGAACACAUUUAAAGAAACAUGGAAUAUUUCUCGAUAAUGACAUUCACACACUAUCUGACGAGUUAAAACAAUAUUACUCGGAGUUUCCAGGAUAUAAGGCAAAAUGUAAUAAUUGCGGCGAAACAGUAUCCUUCUUAAACAAUAUUGCAAAUUUACGAAGACAUUUAAAAAUACAUUCCACAAUAAUCCAGAGUCGAGAUGAGAUGAUUACAAUAACAUCGAGAAAAAGACGCAGCAAGUUUUGGAAUUAUUUUAAGGACCUAAAACCUUUGCUGCUAAAAUGCAGGACCUGUAAAAAAGAAAUUAAGGUAUCUAACCCAGGAAACCGCAUAACAAUAAUGAGAGUACACUUAUUUAAAAAACAUGGAAUAUCUCUCGAUGAUGACACUCUCACACUACCUGACGACUUAAAACAAUAUUACUCGGAGUUACCGGGAUAUAAAGCAAAAUGUAAUAAUUGCGGCGAAACAGUAUCCUUCUUAACACAUCAUAUUGGAGAUUUACGAAAACAUUUAAGAAGACAUUCCACAAAAAUCCUGAGUCGAGAUGAACCAAGCACUUCAAGUUUAGCGAAUAAUAGUGUAGAUCCUUCUGCAGACCGUCAAAGUCAAGAUACAUCUGAUUUGUUCAUACAAUCAUUUAAAGAAGCGACAGAAAAAACAGGCGCACUUGAUAAACCAAGCACCUUAAGUUCGACGGCUUAUAUUAUGGAUCCUUCUACAGGAAAAUGUAUCCCUCUGCGUCAAAGUCAAGAACAAGUACCAUCUGGUUUACCCGUUCAAUCAUUUAAAGAAACGGCAGAAAAUACAGGAGUACUUGAUGAACCGAGCACUUCAAGUUCAACGGAUUAUGUUAUGGAUCCUUCUGCAGAACAUCAAAGUGGAGAACCAUCUGAUUUGCCCAUUCAAUCAUUUGAACAAAUGACAGAAGGAACAAGCGCACUUCAUUCGGAUUGGUUCUAUUAUACAAUGCCAAGCGCUUCAAGUUCAACGUGUUAUGUUAAG